CUAUCCCAGCUCCCACCACCACCCCACCUAGGGUUUCUCCCUUUUAACCUCGCGCCGCCACCCCCUUCGUCUCUCGACGCCCAUCUCCUCCUCAAGCCGCCGCCGCCGCCGCCGAAGGAGAAGGAGGAGAAGAGGAUCCGGCCGUCUCAUCGCCCCAAUGGCGUCCGAGAAGAAGCAGUCGAACCCGAUGCGGGAGAUCAAGGUGCAGAAGCUCGUCCUCAACAUCUCCGUAGGGGAGAGCGGCGACCGCCUCACCCGCGCCGCCAAGGUGCUCGAGCAGCUCAGCGGCCAGACCCCUGUCUUCUCCAAGGCGAGGUACACGGUGCGGUCGUUCGGCAUCCGGCGUAACGAGAAGAUCGCCUGCUACGUCACUGUCAGGGGCGAGAAGGCUAUGCAGCUGCUUGAGAGCGGCCUCAAGGUCAAGGAGUACGAGCUGCUCAGGAGGAACUUCAGCGACACCGGGUGCUUCGGAUUCGGCAUCCAGGAGCACAUCGACCUUGGUAUCAAGUAUGAUCCAUCAACAGGCAUCUAUGGAAUGGACUUCUAUGUCGUGCUCGAGCGUGCUGGCUACCGAGUUGCACGCCGCAGGAGGUGCAAGGCCCGUGUUGGGAUCCAGCACAGGGUGACCAAGGAGGACUCGAUGAAGUGGUUCCAGGUCAAGUACGAAGGUGUCAUCCUCAACAAGGCUCAGGCCAACACGGUGUAAACCUUAGUUUGUCUAAGCUCCAUGCAGACGCAAGAUGUUUUAGUCUACUAUAGCAGAGCUAUAAACUGCCGAAUGAAUUAUUUCAGUGCCCGUAUCAUACUCUGUGCUGUUGCUUAAAAACAUGCUAGUCUGAUCUCCUAGCGCAGCUUGUGAUCUGGCUCUUCUUUGGUUACAUUGCUUUAUCUGCCGCCUGCGUUUUGUGUUUUUGUUGACGAAUUACUGUCACCUGGUCUGGAAAAUUGAAGCGGACUAAGGGAAGGUUUCUAUUGUUUGUAAUGGGUAUCAGCAAGCAUUUGUGUACUGUGGUCUGGUUUAGAUCAAA